GCCAGCUCACACCCAGCGCUCUGGGGCACAGCACGGACGGGUUCUGGGGGCUCAGCCACGCCGGGAGCCAGCCUGGAGCAGCAGCAAAGGAACCUCGCAGGGCUGCGGGAUGAAUUCCACUCGCCCUGGCUGCAGCCGGGAUAUUUCCCCCGUGCCAGCCUCCAGGGCAGCCCGUGCUAUGCCUAGGAAGGAGCUGGGGAUGGCUGGCUGCAACUCUGGCAGCUGUGACAGCAUGGCCAGCACGGCCUCCAACCACUCACAGCGGGUGAGUAACCCCGGGGAGCCCAGCCCAGCUCACCCCUCUGAGCUGCAGAAGGAUUCUGGGGGGAUCUCACCUCAAAUCUGUUCUCAAUCUGCUCUCCAUCGGUGCUUUGGAGGCAGCUGGAGGGAUCAGCAGCGUGGUGGGGCUGAGGAGAGUGGGAAAACCAUCUCUGCCUCCUCCAGCUCCCUCUCUCUCUUCCCAGAUGUUGGCAAUGGGAUUCCCACUCGGAGCAGGGACCAGCAGCGUGGUGAGGCUGAGCACAGUGGGAAAAUCAUCUCAGCCCCCUCCAGCCCAGGCUGCCCCGGCACCCCGAGGAACAUCCCUGCAGCCAACGGAGCUUCUGGCAGCAAAGGAAGGGUCCCCACGGUGCCAGCGGGUAAAGCAGCGCAGGAGGUGCCCAAGGAGGGGCUGGACCGAGCCAGCUCAGGAAGCCACAUGAAAUCCGUGAUUAUCCGGCCUCCAGAGCCCUUCCAGGAUGAGCUGGAGUGGUCACGCAGCCCUCGCUCAGACGCCGAGGGGGAGGCGGCCAAGGAGACCAAGACCCGGACUUUGUGGGGCCACCAGGAGAAAUCCAUGCUGGAAGAGGCCCCUCAGGACCCCGAUGCCAAGCGUGGGCCUCCAACUGCCCCCAAACCACGCAAGCUGCCCCCAAACAUCAUCCUGAAAAGCAGCAGGAACAGCUCAGUGCCGCUGCCCACGGAGCACAACCACAAGGUGAAAGCAGCACCUCCACCCUCAGCCACCCCUCAGCCCAGCCCUGCCGGGGACAGCGCUGCUGAAAAGGGGAAUUCGGGCCACCUCGACCCCAAGGAGAAGGAGAAAGCCCGACGGGAAGCCCUGGAGAAGUUGGGACUGUCCCAGGCCAGGAGGGAGCCCAGCGCCCAGCUCCAUCCCCACCCCAGGGAGACGCCGCUCCCCGUCCCUGGGCAGCCUGGGGAGGGCUCGGUGCCGGGGAUCCGGCAGAUGACCUUCAAAUCCAACACCCUGGAGCGCUCCGGGGUGGGGCUGGGCAGCUCCAUCAGCAGCAGCAAGGAGCAGAACAGCAGGAGCAGCAGCAGCUCCCUGGGCAAGAUGUCCUUCAUCGAGCGCCUGGCCCCCAGCUUCCUGCGGGGCGGCCGCCCCCGGCCCACCUCCCUCGGGCCAGGGAAGGACUUUGGUGGCCUGAAGGAGAGUGAGGAGCAGGACAAGAGCAGCAAGAGGAGAUCCCACCCUCUGCCCAGCUUCCCCAGGCCCUCGCGCUCUGCUGUGAGCGUGAAGAUCUCCCCGAAGGCCGCGGCCGACGAGAACCGGCGCGAGGCGCUCAAGAAGUUGGGGCUGCUGAAGGAAUAGCUCGUGGGGCUGGUGGAAAAGGGGCUUUUCACCCCAAAUCCAGCGGCCUCAGGCACGAGCAUCUGCUGCCAGCUCCUGCCCCAGCGCCAGGGGAGAGGUGUUGGGAGCUUCACGCCAAAGGAACGGUGCGUGGACAGAAUAUUUUGUAUAUAGCAGAUGUGUGUGAGCUUUUUGUUUAUACAGAGCAUCUCUCAGCGUGGACAGGGCAUGUUCUCCUGCACGGGCUUUAAUGCAUUUGGGGAUUCAUCAAAACAGGGAAGCCGUGGAAUUAGGGGUUUGGUUUAUUUUCAAAGGGGUUGCCUGUGGAUAAAGCAUCUCUGGGAAGAACUGCUGGACUUUGCUGCUCCUUUAGGACUUUUUGGUUUUUUUUUUUAAUUAAUUUUAUCACAGCCUCUGAGGCCUGAGCACUCACCUGCCACAUGAAAGCGCCUCCUGAAAGCACCACUGCCUGCUGGGGGGCUGCACAGACAUCCCACUGCCUCCCCUGCCACACUCUGCUCUCCCACCCAGCCCUGAGCACCUGCAUCCAGCACCUGGAAGAGGCUUGGACUGCAGGAAGUGACAGCCAGAGGUUGUGCUGGUGUCAGAUCCAGAUGUGCUGCCCAAAACGGGGCUGAUGCAAGGCUGGGACAGCUCCAGCUCAUCCCUUCCGAGCUGUCCUGGCACCUCUCAGGCCCAGCUGAUGCUGCCAACACCUUGGGGAGCAGAGGUGGUUGAUGUCCCUAAUAAACCUGUGUGUGAUCAGAAAGG